AUGCCUGGAGAAAUCAUUGAUAGACCAAAUCCUCAAGCAUUGGCUUCAAAUAUAUCGGGUUCAACGACAAUAGAUGAGUUAGCAGUUAAGUUGGAAAAGUUACAAAUUCCCGAUGAUGAUUUAAGAGGACUUGAGGAAUUUCGCAGAGCUAGCAAUUAUAUUGCUGCUGAGAUCUUUACAUUCGAUGAUAUUAAACCAAGACUUUUAGGUCAUUGGGGAACAUGUCCUGGUCUUACCUUAGUUUACGCUCAUCUCAAUUAUCUCACCAAAAAGAAUGAUCUCGAUAUGAUCUAUGUUGUUGGACCUGGUCAUGGAGCUCCAGCAAUUCUUUCUUCCCUCUGGCUAGAAGGAACUCUUGAGAAAUUCUACCCCAAAUAUUCCAACAAUAAACAAGGUCUUCAUAACCUCAUUACUGGUUUCAGUACACCAUCUGGCUUUCCUUCUCACAUCAGUGCCGAAGUUCCAGGUUCUAUUCAUGAAGGUGGAGAACUUGGAUAUGCUCUUUCGGUUGCUUUUGGUGCUGUGAUGGAUAAUCCCGAUUUGGUGGUUGCUUGUGUAGUUGGUGAUGGAGAAGCUGAAUCGGGUCCUACAGCUACUGCUUGGCAUGCGGCUAAAUAUAUUGAUCCUGCUGAAUCUGGUGCCGUUAUUCCAAUUGUUCAUGUUAAUGGAUUUAAGAUUUCCGAAAGAACUAUUUAUGGUUGUAUGGAUGAUAAGGAGAUGGCAUCUUUGUUUACUGGUUAUGGAUAUCAAUGUCGAUUUGUGGAGGAUUUGGAGGAUAUUGAUCGUGAUAUGGCAACAAGUAUGCAAUGGGCUUUGGAUGAGAUUCGUAAAAUUCAAAAGGCUGCCAGAUCUGUUAUUAUUAUGAGAACUCCUAAAGGAUGGAGUGGACCAAAGAUUGUUAAUGGAGGGUUUGUUGAAGGAUCAUUCCAUGCUCAUCAAGUCCCUCUUAUGGCCGCAAAAUCAAACAAAGAUCAACUUACAGAUCUUCAAAAAUGGCUUCUCUCAUAUGGACCAGCUAAAUUAUUCACAGAAUCUGGUGAUGUUAUUGAUUCUGUUAAGAAGAUCUUACCACCAGAACAUAAAAAGCUAGGUCAACGACCAGAAACAUACAAAAACCAUGAAGUAUUAAAAAUACCAGAUUGGAAAAAGUAUGGUGUUGAGAAAGGAACCGAAGUUUCUUGUAUGAAAGCUAUUGGUGAUCUUCUUGAUCAGGCUUUGGUUGAUAAUCCCAAAUCUCUACGUCUCUUCUCUCCAGAUGAGCUCGUCAGUAAUAAACUUGACGCAGUAUUCAAACAUACUGGACGUGAUUUUCAAUGGGAUGAGUUUUCAAAUGCUCAAGGUGGAAGAGUUAUUGAAAUUCUUAGUGAACAUACAUGUCAAGGUUUCCUACAAGGCUAUACCCUUACUGGACGUACUGGAAUCUUUCCAUCUUAUGAAUCCUUCCUUGGUAUAAUUCAUACCAUGAUGAUUCAAUAUAGUAAAUUUAACAAAAUGGCUCGGGAAACACGUUUCCGCGCUGAUCUCUCCUCACUCAACUACAUCGAAACCAGUACAUGGACUCGUCAAGAACAUAAUGGUUUUUCUCAUCAAAAUCCUUCAUUUAUCGGUGCGGUUUUAAACCUGAAGCCUACAGCUGCUAGAGUUUAUUUACCACCUGAUGCGAAUACUUUCCUCUCAACAAUCGCUCAUUGUCUCAAAUCAACCAAUUACAUAAACCUAAUGGUUGGAUCCAAACAACCUCAACCUGUAUUCUUAAGUCCUGAAGAAGCAAACAAACAUUGUCAAGCCGGCGCAUCAGUUUGGAAAUUCUGCAGCACAGAUGAAGGAAUAGAUCCCGAUGUUGUUCUCGUAGGAAUCGGAUCAGAACUCAUGUUUGAAGUCGUUGUCGCAGCCGCCUUACUCCGAAAAAAGUGUCCCGACUUACGGGUUCGAGUCGUCAACGUUACGGAUUUAAUGAUUCUCGAAGCUGAAACUCUCCAUCCGCAUAGCUUGACCAGAGAUGAAUUUAAUAGUUUAUUCACGGCCGAUAAACCUAUUCAUUUUAAUUAUCAUGGUUAUAGUAAUGAGAUUAAGGGAUUACUUUUUGGAAGACCAAAUUUGGAGAGGAUGAGUAUUGCGUGUUAUAAGGAAGAGGGAUCGACGACGACGCCGUUUGAUAUGAUGUUGAGGAAUGAGGUUAGUAGGUAUCAUGUUAUGGAGUGGGCGAUUAAGGGGGCGGCGAGGGUGAAUAAGAGGGUGGCGCUGGAGAUGACGGGUUGGUUGGGGGAGGUUAGAGGUUCGAGGAGUAGGGUUGCGGAGUUUAUUUUGAGGAAUGGGAAGGAUCCUGAGGGGACUUUUGAUACGCCGAUGUUUGAGGGGUCGGUUUUUGGGAGGGAGAAAGAGGGGAAGGGGGGGGAGGGGGAGAAGGAGGAUGGGUUUUUUGUUAAUUGA